GCAGAGGCGGCGGCCAGCCUCAGAGGGGACCUCCCGGGAGGGGACCCCAGGGGAGCCAGCUGCGGGGCAGGGACCCGCGGGGACGCGAGGGCCAGCGAGGAGCGCCGACGUGGCCGAAGCACCAGCCCGCGGCGCAGGCCGGGGCGAGCACGUAGGAUGCAGGCCAUGGACCCCGCCGCGAGCUUCUACGAGGAGGAAGGCAAGGACCUGGACUUCUACGACUUUGAGCCGCUCCCCACUCUGCCGGAGGACGAGGAGAACGUGUCCCUGGCUGACAUCCUCUCCCUGCGGGACAGCGGUCUCAGUGAGCAGGAGGCCUGGGCUGUGUGCCUGGAGUGCAGCCUGUCCAUGCGGAGCGUCGCCCACGCGGCCAUCUUCCAGACUCUGUGCAUCACGCCCGACACGCUGGCCUUCAACACCAGUGGGAACGUGUGCUUCAUGGAGCAGCUCAGCGAUGACCCCGAGGGUGCCUUUGUCCCCCCAGAGUUCGACCUGACCGGGAACACCUUUGAGGCUCACAUCUACUCUCUGGGGGCCACACUGAAGGCUGCCCUGGAGUACGUGGCGGAGUCCGAGCUGGAACCCAGGCUGAGCCCAGACCUGGAGGCGCUGCUGAGCCAGAUGCAGGCAGAGGACCCCAGGGACCGGCCUGACCUGGAGAGCAUCAUAGCACUGUGCGAGGAGAAGGUGCCACCCGGGUCCUCCUGCCGCCUAUGCCGGAGCCUCUCAGCCGUCGGGAGGAGGGUGCUCUCCAUUGAGUCCUUUGGAGCGUUCCAGGACGUCGGGGAGAACACUUGGAAGGGAAGACCUGCCUCCAGAAGCUCGGGCCCCAGGAGGCCUCCUGGGGACUUGAGCACUGGCCCAGAGGCCCUGCCCACGCCGGAGAGCCCGCCCCAGCCCAGCACACAUGAAGACCCAGAGCAGGAGGCCAGCCGGGGCCCCAGACCCCCACCCACCAGGCCACUGCUGUCAGCCCCCAGGAAGAAUGGAGAGAGCCCUGGCCGGGAAGGACUGGCCAGCCUCGUCCUGGACAGCCAAUGGCCCCUCCACGAGCUGGACAAAGGACUCCUCAGGCGGAGCCUGAGGAAAGUGCAGACGUUCCCCAGGCUGCUGCCGAAGGGCCCCGAGGCCAGUGCCCUCUGCUUCUCACUGAGCAGCCCCAGGAACCCUCUGAGCGUCUCUGAACUCUUCCCCCCGGACCCCAAGGUCUUUCUGGAAGGGAAAAAUGGCCUCCCCAGCUUCAAGGCACAGCCCCAGAGCAGACUGUGGCCCGAGCAGGACCCCGGGCUGCAGCUGGAAGGCGCACCGGGUGCAGGCCUCACAGUGGACAGGGGGCUAGGGGCCUCGGGGCAACCAGAGACCCCACUCCCUGGCCAGGAACCUGCGGAGGAAGGCCCCCGAGCCUGUCCCAUAGUGCCCGGAGAUGCAGGCCGCGAAGCCCAGACUCCAGGGGACGACGAGGGGACUCCAGGAGGCGCCGGGCAGCCGGAAAAGGCAGCCACAGAGCAGAGCAAGACCCUGUCCCUGCAAGACCUCCUGAGCCAGCUGGGCCGGCCCUUCCGGGAGUAUGAGCUGUGGGCCCUGUGCCUCGCCUGCCUCCGAGCCCUGCAGACCCACAGCCAGCACCCAGCCUGCCUGUGCCUGGACAACGUGUUGGUGGCCGAGGACGGGGCUGUGCUCUUCGGGCCGCCCCCUGCCAAUGGCUCUUACAACUCGCUCUUCCUGGCUCCCGAGGUGGCAGAGGAGAGGCUGGUGACGGAGAAGGCUUCUGUGUACUGCGUGGCCGCCGUCCUAUGGACCGCAGCCAAGUUCAGCAUGCCCCGUGAGCAGAAGCUGGCCUUGCCACGCAGACUCAAGACCCUCCUACUGGACAUGGCAAGGCGCCACGCCCCUGAGCGGCCAUCUGUGGCUGAGGCCAUUCAGGUGUGUGGCAGCUACCUCCUCCAGCGAGGCAUGGACAGCAGCAAGAUCCUCGCCCACCUGCGGGUGUCCACCUGCAAGGUCCACCAGGAGGAAGAGACCAUCAGCCUCCAAGACACCUUCUCUGUGGUGGAACUGAAGCCCCGAGCAGCACCUGCUCCUCAGCCCAGCCCAGGCUUCCUGCCAAUCAGCGGUGACACGGGGCUCGUGGCUGUGCCAGGGCCUGUGCCUCACCCGCCCUCCAGCGAAGGAGCCAGAGAGCUGCCUGAGGCCUUCAGCUCAGAAGCCACGCACUUUAAACCCGUCGUCCUCGUGCAAGACUCAGGUGUGGCCAGGGACCAGCUUGCUGUGUCCUCAGGGCCAGCCAACCAGGCUGAGGAGAGGAGCAUCCCGCUGGACACAGAGGGCAAGGGGAAGCAGGUAGCCCAGAACUUCUCGGGGGCCACCAGCCUGGAAACACCUUGCCACUCAGAGUCUGGUCCAGGGCCACAGGGAGCAGCCCCAGAGCCUGCUGGGGACCAGGAGAGCCCCUGCCAGUCAGGCCCUGACCCAACCAACCAGCCAGAGGCGGCCACAUCAGCAGUGCCGGGGUCUCCGGGCCCUGCCCUGCCCCAGAAGGCGCUGGCACUGCCCCCCAACCCAGGGCCAGGUGGGCAGGCCCUGCCUGGAGCCACUCUGCCCCCGGGGCCCUCCUCAGCCAACCACAGCCCAGGUCAUCCGUGCAAGCCACCCAGGAGCAAGGCCACAGAGCCGGAGGGUCCCCAGCCGGCGGCCCAGAGCCCCACCCUGGCUGCACUGAGUCCAGGCAGCCCCAGGGGCCCAGACAGACACCCCGAGAGGCCCCGGACAGCAGACCGCAAGACCUCUCUGUCCAGUGUGGAUGCCUCAUCCCCCUCCAGGAGGACGGCCUGCCCCUCACUGCAGGAAGCUAUGCGCCUUAUCCGCGAGGAGUUUGCCUUUGAUGGCUACCUGGACAACGGGCUGGAGGCUCUGAUCAUGGGGGAAUAUAUUCACGCCUUGAAAGACCUCACCUUCGCCACCUUCUGUGGAGCCAUAUCUGAGAAGUUCUGUGACCUCUACUGGGACGAGCGGCUGCUGAAGAAUCUCUUCCAGGUGGUCAACCAGCCAGCCUCACCCUCCGAGAGCACUUCCCAGGAACCGGGGUCUCAGCCCGAGAGCUCGUCAGGCAGCUGUUCAACCUUCGGCAAAAGGCCCUCGCUCCACGGACUGGGCAAAGAGAAGGUGGUGGCAGCCCGGGGCAGCGGGGGCCCCUGCUCGCCCACCGCGCAGUCGGACAGAGACUCUGACAUACUCUCACAAGGAAACUUUGAGGUGGGAUUUCGGCCUCAGAAAUCAAUAAAAGCUGCUCGAGAAGGGCAGCCUGAGGUGAACGGGCAGCAAGUCCCCGGCCCAGAGCCUGCCAGCAGGGCCUCAGACAUGGACACGGUGGCCCGGCUGGCCAGGCCCAAGGAGCGUGGCCCUGCUGGGUCUCUGGGCCCAGCAGAGUUCCGUAGCUGCAGCCCUGGCUGGUCCAGCGCCUUCUACGAAGCCGACUGCUUCGGGGCCGAUGUCCACAACUACGUGAAGGGUCUGGGCAUGCGGAAGGCCAGCGGGCACCCAGAGCCUGAAGCCGAGAGCCCUGAGCUGGAGCAGCAGCUCCUGAUAGAGAAGAGAAACUACCGGAAGACCCUGAAGUUCUACCAGAAGCUCUUGCAGAAGGAAAAGCGCAACAAAGGCUCCGAGGUGAAAACCAUGUUGUCCAAGCUGCGAGGGCAGCUGGAGGAGAUGAAGGCCAAGGUGCAGUUCCUCAGCCUGGUCAAGAAGUACCUGCAGGUCAUGUACGCAGAGCGCUGGGGCCUGGAGCCCUGCGCCCUGCCGGUGAUCGUGAACAUCGCGGCAGCCCCCUGCGACACCCUGGACUUCAGCCCCCUGGACGAGUCCUCCUCCCUCAUCUUCUACAACGUCAACAAGCCCCCGUGUGGGGGCCGGCAGCAGAAGGCCCGCAUCCUGCAGGCGGGCACACCACUGGGGCUCAUGGCCUACCUCUACUCCAGCGAUGCCUUCCUGGAGGGCUACGUCCAGCAGUUCCUGUACACCUUCCGGUACUUCUGCACACCACAGGACUUCCUGCACUUCCUCCUGGACCGCAUCAGCAGCACCCUGUCCAGGGCCCACGAGGACCCCACCUCGACCUUCAACAAGAUCUACAGGCGGAGCCUCUGCGUGCUGCAGGCCUGGGUGGAGGACUGCUACACCGUGGACUUCACCAGGAACGCAGGGCUGCUAGGGCGGCUCGAGGACUUCAUCUCCUCUCAGAUCCUGCCCCUGGACGGUUCAGCUAAGCACCUGCUGGGCCUCCUGGAAGUGGGCACUGACCGGCGGGCUGAUGGUUCCCCUCGCAGCACAGACCUAGAGGAUCCCAAGGAGGCUGAGGAGGACACCAGACCCUUCAAUGCCCUCUGCAAGAGGUUCUCAGAGGACGGCAUCUCCCGGAAGAGCUUCUCCUGGAGACUGACCCGGGGCAACGGGCUGACCCUGCCGCACCACAGGGAGCGCCAGUACACCAUUGCGUCCGCCUUGCCCAAGCCCUGCUUCUUCGAGGACUUCUACGGCCCCUACACCAAGGCUAGCGGGAAGGGGUCCUACUUCCUGACAGAGUACAGCACGCACCAGCUCUUCACUCAGCUGACGCUGCUGCAACAGGAACUGUUUCAAAAGUGCCACCCCGUCCACUUCCUGAACUCACGGGCCCUGGGGGUCAUGGACACAAGUGGAACCAUCCCCAAAGCCAACUCUUCCGAGUCUCUGUCUGCCCAAACCUGCAGCCUGUUUCUGCCCAGUUACGUCCAGGACAAGUACCUGCUUCAGCUUUUACGGAACGCAGACGACGUCAGCACCUGGGUGGCUGCUGAGAUCAUGACCAGCCACACCUCCAAGCUGCAGGUGAACGUGCUGUCCAAGUUUCUACUGGUUGCCAAGUCUUGCUAUGAGCAGAGGAACUUCGCCACAGCUAUGCAGAUCCUGGGUGGGCUAGAGAACCUGGCUGUGAGGCAGUCUCCCGCCUGGAGAAUGCUGCCUGCCAAGAUCGCAGAGGUCCUGGAGGAGCUGAAAGCCGUGGAGGUGUUCCUGAAGAGCGACAGCCUGUGUCUGAUGGAAGGUCGGCGCUUUCGAGCCCAGCCCACCCUGCCCUCAGCCCGCCUCCUGGCCAUGCACAUUCAGCAGCUGGAGACAGGAGGCUUCACCAUGACCAAUGGAGCCCACAGGUGGAGCAAGCUCAGGAACAUAGCCAAGGUGGUGAGCCAGGUCCACGCGUUCCAGGAGAACCCCUACACGUUCAGCCCCGACCCCAAGCUGCAGUCUCACCUCAAGCAGAGGAUCGCCCGCUUCAGCGGGGCCGACAUUGCCAUCCUGGCAGCAGACAACAGGGCCAAGCUGCACCAGGUCCCGAGCGAGAAGCACUCUCGGAAGAUCCAGGACAAGCUGCGGAGAAUGAAGGCCACGUUCCAGUAGCUCGGGACCUGGCCGGUGGGGGUCCAAGCAGGACCAGACCUGGGGGAGGCAGCUGCAUUCCCAGAACCCCGCAGAACCUGGACUUCCACCAGGUCCGGAUCCGAAGGUGGAGCUCAGAGGAGCUGGCCCCAGGCCCUGCCACAGGGCGCCCAGAGCUGCCCCGGCCUGACCCCGCAGCAGAGGCGGCAGCUCCAGGACACUGCACGGGGUGGGCAUAGCAUCUGUUAGCCCACUCCUGCUGCAACGUGAAAUGAAACUAGAAUAAGUGGACUUCCUUCAGUUUCGUACUGACAAUAUCUCCAUAAACAAAUGUCUCUCACAUCUAUUCUUUGAUGACUCCUGCCCAAAACCACCCAAAACCCCUCCAUCCCUGACCCCACAGAUUCCAGACCCAGCUGCUCACUGAACAGUGUGGCCACACCUGUCCAGAAGCCAAGGACCAAAACUGAUCCCUGCACCAGCAGCUCCCAGGCUUCUGACUGGGCCCUGCUGGGAUCAUGCUCCCACCACCCACCCACCUGGCCUUCCACGGGCACCCCCACUGUGCCAGCAGGUGGGGGAAGGAGCUCUCUCCCAGCCAGCCAUCCUGCUGUGGCAGCUGCUCCUCCCCCAUGCCUGGUGCCCCAGCUGGGAACAGCUACCCUAAGGGACAUGCCCAGGUGAAGGCUUCAGCCCUGGAACAGGGUGUGAGGCACCAACAGCAGCUCCAGAGCAGGGAGGCCACCUGAGCUGAAGGCGCCUAUGCAUGCCUCACAGCCGGUGCGGCAGGGCUACCCCUGCCUUUAGCUGCCAAGCAUGUGCACUCCUGACCACCGCGUCCCUCUGCUUGGCACCAGCACUAGCGCUUUGUCAGACACGGACCUGAGGCUUGCUGCCCAGUGGUACCAAGCCCUUCCCUGAGUUUGUGGUCUAGACAGUCUGUAUUGAGCACUGGCUCAGCAGGUGGAGAGCCCCUCUGGCCAGGGGACCUGGGAACCCGUGGAGUGCAGUGGGUCAGGGAGACUCACCUGCUAGACACCUGGGCCAUCCCAGGAGCCUCCUGCUGUGAGACCCAAGACUGUGUUUUAGAGAAGUGGCCCCAGUGAGCCACUAGUGACGUUUCAGGGGCAGCUGCGUGCUGUACUGUCAAUGCUGAGGUUUUCCCCACCUGAACCCACUGGGACCAAGCCCUGCUUCCGCUGUGUGAGGGUGCAGGGACGUGCCCUUGUGACUCACUGUGAGGACCCUUGUGUCCUGCUGAUGAGCGCCGUCUUCAGAUUUUGUCUGUGCCCAGCGCAGCAGCACCCCACCUGUCUCUGGGGAAGCAGCGGGCUUCCGGCUUCAGCACUGUUUGCAUGGCACCCUGAUGUCACGCGGUACAGAUUUCUGAAUAAAGUCAUUUCUACCAAGCCA